UAGAGGGGCAGGCGCCGGUGGAGGUGGCGGAGAAGCUGGUGGCAGGAGCGAGCCCGACCGAGCGGAGGGAACGUUCGGGCCGCUGGAACCCCACGCCGGGGCGUGACGGUCAUCCCAAAAGGCGGAGCCCAGGUAAUAGAAAGUUGGAACUGGCUGAAAACUUGAAAGACAAGUAGGAAGAUAAGACUGCUUGGGCAGAGGUGGUGAUGGUGAUGGUUGGAGAGUUUUCAUCCUUCUGUAAGCUGCCACCAUGACCCUGACAAAAGCUUCCUUCACCUACUCCAGUGGGGAGGAAUAUCGUGGCGAGUGGAAGGAGGGCCGCAGACAUGGUUUUGGUCAACUGAUGUUUGCAGAUGGUGGCAUCUACCUGGGUCAUUUUGAGAAUGGGCUCUUCAGUGGCUUUGGGGUACUGACCUUCUCAGAUGGCUCAAGGUAUGAGGGGGAGUUUGCCCAGGGCAAGUUUAAUGGCGUUGGAGUCUUCAUUCGAUACGACAACAUGACCUUUGAGGGGGAAUUUAAAAAUGGCAGAGUAGAUGGUUUUGGCCUGCUGACAUUCCCUGAUGGGUCCCAUGGAAUACCCCGCAAUGAAGGUCUUUUUGAGAACAACAAGCUGCUGCGUCGUGAGAAGUGUUCUGCAGUCGUUCAGCGGGCCCAGAGCGCCUCCAAGUCAGCCAGGAAUCUCACCGCCUGACGGGGCAUUGUGCACCAGCUGACAAGUAUUGAGUAGAGCAGAAGCCCCAUUAUUCACUCGAGGUGAACAGAUGAACCAGAGGUGAGAGGAGGAGAGAUGACCUUGGAGCAGAAGCCUUGUGCUGUGCCCCAUCACCUGCCAGUCAGGGAUGCAACCACAGAGAAGUUCUGAGGACUCUGGCCCCAGGUCCUGCAGCAGUGGUUAGCGGUUAUGUCUCUCCCUUGUCUCAUUGUUGGUACUCUGUCCCUGCCACCCUGGGUUACCCAGGGCAGACCUGUUGCUGCCUUCUACUUCCUUUCUGCCAAGUGAUACAGAAUCCCUCCUUUAUUCUGCUUAUAUUUAGGGUCCAUGAUCCAAAUAUAUUCCCUGUGUAAAGGAUUAGGUAAAAGUGCUAUUUCCCUUUCCCUGACUUUACAAGCUGUCUUCCUUACCUGAGUUCUAGCAGAUACUCCCCAUUUGUGCCUCUCUCCUUCAUUAUACAUGGGACAGGAUCCCUUUAUGGGAUAGUGAAGAAAGGAACUGAUGUAAACAGUCAUAACUUGUAUUUAUUACUUACUUCAGAGCAAAGGGCAGACCUUUCCGGGCCAUAUCAAGCCCUACCAUGGAGUGAACUGAAUUCUUAGGGCUGACAUAGCUCCUUCCCCAGGGACCAGUAGUGUAGGUAGAAUUGGGCCCAUCCUAGAACCGUGGUGAACUAAACAAGCAUUUGGCUCCUUGCAUUUGGUUCACUAUAACUCUUCCACCACAAGCCUUGGCCAUCGGGCCUGGGGAUCAGAUCUUGACUGAUAGGAUCCCUGCACAAUUCAUCACGGAGGCCUCCAGUUACCCUUCGACCCAGACACACCCCACUCCACCCCACCCCCUUAUCCUCACACUGAAGGUCUCAAGAGCAGAUGGUGGUGGAAAUCAGCCGUGUGCCUCUAUCUAUUCUCUGAAUCGUACUGUAGAAACAAAUGUUUAUGGGGAAUGAACAAAUCACCAGAACUGCCUA